UGCUGUUGUGUGAGUGUGCGUGUGUUUCAGUGUCUGUUUUAUUGUUCGUUCCAGGAAGCUGGGAAUUAUACAAACAAGAGGAAGCCAGCAAGCGCCAUCAAAAUGAAGAACGCUGUGACCUUACUUCUGCUGUCGGCUUGUUUCGCCGUCUCGAGAGGUGACCCCUCGAUAAAGAUCUCUGGACCCGACUUUCCUGUCCUGGAGGGAGAGGACGUCGUCCUGGAAUGUUACGGAGAGGAUGUCUCAGACUUGGAGGGACUUGCCUUCCAGAAAUACAUGCGGUGGAUGAAUACGUGGAUGGAUCUAGACGCCGGGCGUUAUUUGAGAUGCUGGUAUUACAACCUGAACGUGACUCGUUCCGAAGACCGGCUGCUCCUUCAGAUCAACUACGUCUCGGACUGGCAGAGCGGGCCGUACCGCUGCGUGAAAUACGGCAACCAGAGCGACGAAACGCUUGUGUCUGAAAACAUCACCAUCCCGGUGUAUUACCUGCGUGACGUGUAUCUCCAGAGAUCCAAGGCUUGGAACCCUACGGUUCCCGACGUUCUGCUGGUGGAGGAAGGUUCCGACGUGGACAUUAAGUGUUCAGCCUCGUCCUCGCAAGAGCCGGUGUAUGAGUGGGGGUUCAGUGACUAUAUGAUCCCAUCGGACACCCUCAGUCUCACAAACGUGGGGCUGGAGGAUUCUGGGAGGUACACUUGCGUGGCUCGACAUCCAGAGAUGUUUGACCUGAUGAGUACCAAAAGCUUCCAACUACAAGUGGUGACCAAGCGUCAGGAAUAUUCAGCAUUAAGGGACUACGGAUUUAAUGACAUCCUGCUGUACGUCACCGUUCCUGCCGUGGCGCUGAUAAUCUUCGUGUUGACCGUUAUCAUACUCACCAUGAGACACCGAAGACAGCAGAGAAAACCCAAGAUCAGCCUGGUGGAUGUUGAGAAGAGAGCCCCAAUCUAUAAGGGUAGCUCUCAAUCUAUAUGCACCAAUUCAUCAGACACGCAGCCCCUCGUCAUGUAAAUGCGACCCGGAGACAGGUCAGUGACGUGUUUACAGGCAUUAGCCAUUUCCGCUCCUUUUAGAACCCUAGCGUUGUAUGUAAUAAAAAAAAAAAGGGACAUGGUGAUUUCAUUUAGCCAGGUAGGCUUUCUAACAGAGGAAACUGUCAGAUUCAGGGUCAAAACAUAGGGGUUUCACCAACAUUAGGUAAAAACAAA